GUGACCUUUGUCCGAGCAUGGAUGUCGCAAUUCUUCUUGCUUCGUUGGCCGCCCAAGCUGAAUACGGUGACGUGUGCGAGGAUGAUUUGGACGGCAAAGAUGAGUCUCCCUUUCUCCCUCAGCGUUUACUACGACUUCUACCAAAGACACUAAUUCAUCAAGUGCAAUCAAACCAAAGUUUGGCACAAAAGUUGAAGGAUUGUUAUAAGUCCUACAAAGGCAUCACCAGGGACAAAGCGGAAUUGCAGUACCUUAAAGUGGCCCAACUACAUCACUUGUUCGGGGUGGACUAUUUCCCCAUUGUAGACAAACAUCAUACAAACGCCUGGUUGGGUGUGACGGCCGCAGGAAUACAGUUGUAUGGAAAAAAUCAACGUGAGCGUCCACGCUAUACAUUUCAAUGGAAUAUUAUAAAGAACGUUUCAUAUCGUGAGCGAAAAUUCACUGUGAAGUUGGUUGAUAACUGGCAAUGUUCAAAGAAAACCAGCACAAGUCACAGUUCAAGCGCUGGUGGCACUUCAUCCGCUCCUGCAGCAGGUCUAACUGAUGCAUUAAGCCAACAGACUGGCGUUCAGCGUCCACGUCAGUCAAGUCGAAGCACCGGUGGACGUAGUCCCCUGAUGGGUUCUGGUGGGCCGACCUUAACUAACCUGAAUGUCAGUUCGGGCGCCUGUGGUAGUGGUGCGUCAGCUGCGAGUUUACCUAGUACUCCUCUGUCUGCUCGGUUGAUGUUACCGGCCGUGUCUUCUACGUGCUCGGGGAGUGGUCUGGGGCUUCCGACAAAUGCUCGAAUCCAUCGAGACAUCAGUUAUGAGCGUCCCAGUCGUCAUGGUGGUCACUCACCCACCGUUGUUAAGAAUUCCAGUCGGAUGUUUAAAUUUGAAUCGGGCUGCAUCCCGGGUCUAACCCCAAUCGCUUCACGUUGUUCUACCAACGACUUACUGCUCGUCAGCAGCGGGACUUGUCUGACCGCUCCGCGUGUCCAGACCACGGAUAGUAGUGGAGCUGGUUCAUCAGCCUCUUCGAAAAGUUCAUUUGCAGCCCACCACCGUUCGAAUUCAAAUCCACUGAUCAGCGUGGUGGAAGUGUGGUUAGCAGAUCCGAGUCAGGCCAAAACCGUGAUGUCCAUGUGCGCUGGCAAUCAUGCUCUGUUCAUGCGUCGGCGCCAGCCGGACAGUGUAGAAGUGCAGCAAAUGCGAGCACAGGCCCGAGAGGAAAGGGCUCGACGUGAAGUAGAGCGUAGCAGACUCGCGCGUGCACGUGCUGAGAAAGCAGAGGCAGUUGAAGCUAAAUUGGCCUUGGAGUCGAAAUGCGCUCAGUUAGAGCGUGCCUUGCGACAGCAACAAGAACUGCAACAAAUGUUCCUGUCCGGUGCCAUACCCACUGGCGAUCAUGCUGAAUCGGUGCGUGAAAAGAAUAAUAUCGUGAGACCACGGUCGACAAACUCUUCGCUGCGCUUUCCAUCUACCGGACGAAAAGUGCUUCGAGAGCCAUCAGAUGACGAACGUUUUCGCACUCAAAUCUGUCCGUCCACCGAACAGCCACACAGACGCGUUACCGACCCAACUUCUGAUGGUGUUGAUGGGCUAUCUGGUGAACAACCAGUUGACGAGCGCCAUCAGAGCGACAUGCAUUUUGGUCGGUGUGUUUUUUAUCGGUCCGACGAACGUGUAGCUCAGAAUGGUGGGGAUCUAGGUGACUUCGAAGAGUAUUCUUGGGACCAACUUCCCCGCGAACAAGGACAUGCUUACACUCGCCAGACUUAUGGGCAGCAUCCACAACCGUUGGUGCCCCACCGACAACCACUCAAAAUGUAUACUAAUGGGUCAGCCUCAACACCAGCUACUCCUUUUGCUCGACGUGCUGCGGCUGUGGCCGAACGAGAAUUGAGGCCUCCCAAUUAUACACCUCAACUGUCUCGACGAAACCCCACGGAAAAUGCCUCUUUCUUCUCCUCUGGCAUGUUGGAUCCAGUACACUAUCCACCAGCAGAGACCAAUUAUCGUGCCGGACACAUUGGUUCCCAAACGCAUUGUUUCCACGGAAGUGGCAUGGCUCCCGGUCACAUGCUGGGUGCAAUGAAACCUGGAUGCUAUCCAGCUGAUCACCAUCAAGCUUACGGUUUGCGAUUUCUGCCUCCUCACCUCUGCACGCAUUCGCCAGGCAGCCUUCCUGUCCUUAACGGCGGUUGCUAUGGAUUCACUUACCCUCCUAUCCCUACCUAUCCUGACGGUGAUAGAUGGAGUUAUCCACCCAAACCCAUGUACUCCUCAUCCUCUUCAUCCAUGGCUAACCCACCGUACUAUUCGGUCGCACAAAGUUCCUCAAGACCGCCACCAUUUAUACAGCAACCUGGUUUCCCGUUCGUACAACAUCGAGACGAAUGGUACUCCUCGCAGUUUCCACCAGUCUCUAUGCAUCGGCAUCCACAAAGCUCUACAACUUACAUCAGUACCUCUUUGUCAGCUAUUUUGUCUCCGAUUGCUGGCCAGCGCCGGCAUCAUCCCCAAUUGAAGAAUCCCUCCGGUGAUGAACAAGAAGUCAAAUUUUUCCCAGAUUCCCUCGGUUUGGAUGAUCCAGCCCAGCACAAACACGCGAGCAUAUACCAUCGCUCAGUUCCGUUGCUGGACCGCUCGGUCAGUCAACUUCAUUGUGCUGCACCGCUUGGGCUUGAUCCGUAUCUGGUCCAGCAUCAACAGAAUAACUCUACGGCUCAGAUACCUCUGGACUGGCAACAGUUAAGCACAAACCCCUCUCUUGGAUAUUCUUUACAGCGUUUGUCCGACCCUUCUGCAGGAUUGGAGACAAAUUCAAACGAAGGCAAGUCAAUCUCUUGUCUUUUAUUCUUCCGUCUGUCAAUCCUCCCGGGCAUUCUUUCUGAGACAAAUGACAUUGGCAGCCGCCAACUAACGGGGACUGGCAGUCAUCUGUGGCCAGGUGAGUCACUUCCAGGAGCUCCAGGACAUCUUCCGGCAGUGCCACAGCAACAACGACAAUGUGAAGAACUGUUGAGUGAUGGGCCGACUGCAGAGGCAUUUCAAGCAGGGCAUCUUCGCUUGAAUUCCGUCCAGAGAGGUUAUCUGUCUUGUAGAUUACAAGAAGAACGAGCCCGAUUUGCUUUGCUCCAGGCACAGUUUUCUAAACAACUUUGUGACACAUGGGCUUGUCUGCAGGUCACCCGCUCACCUGGAGAGCUAAAGUCGAGUGAACUAUAUAGUCCCAUUCUGCGAAACCAAUCCAAUUCCAAUGACCUACGCCUUGACCCUGCUGGUGCUUCAGACGGAGCAUCAACCGGUGGGGGUUGUGGCACUCUAGCAGUACCUGGAACUUCUAGUGCUUACGUAGCAUUGGAUCAACUUUGCAUCGGGCUACAUGAAAAUGAACCUUCUGAGCCUCAGCAACCGACGCAAGCGAAUCAGCUCGUUUGGGAGCAGUCAGAACCCAAUAUGGAAGAUUUGUCAACCAAUGAAAUGACAUGCGACCCAUUUAUGGAUGAACUGGGUCAAAACCGAACUGUGCUGGAGCGCGAUAAUGACGCGUAUCGCCAUCCCGCAAUUCCAA